GAUACUUUUAAAAAUGCUCCUACAUCAUUAGUUUUGAAUAGAUCUGUUGAUAAAUUACCAUCAAAGUUAUCUUCAUCUGAUAAUAUUCCUUCAAAGUAUGUAAAAGUCAAAUGUUGUGAUAAAUCUGAAGAUUUGUUUGAGUAUAUUGAUUCAAAUGAUGUUGAAUUUGAUAGAUUUGUUGAAGGUGUUGAUGGUAAUGUGUUUGAUAAUUUAUCAAAGAAGGAGAAUUCCCAAAAGAAUAAAAAGGAAAAAGAACCUGUAGGUAGUUCUUUAUGUAGUAUAUUAAGAUCUUAUAAGCCUGGUAUAGGUUGUACUAAAAAUAGACAGAAGUAA